GGUAAAUUAUUACAUAUAGUUGCAACUACAUGUGAAAGUAAUGACAGUAUCACCUAAAUAUAACUUUGUGUUGAUUUUGUUGUAUACACAAUCAAAUUAUACAUUUGCGCUUUUAUGAUGUUCAAACAAAAAGUUUGAUGGAUCUUUUGAAUGAGGAUUGUUGGAUUAAUGACAGUAUCAUGAACGAGGCCCUAUACCAGAUACGAGAAAAAGCUUUCAAAUUUCCCAAUCUGUUCCGGUAAGACUGUUGUAUAUUGGACACUUUUUUCUAUCAAUUUGUUGUUAAUGCAUAUGGUCAGUUACAAUCCAGUAAAGAGCUUAAAUAUAGUAAGAGUCAAAUUAAUUAUGUGAGAGGGGCUACUUCAGAGCUCGGAAAACCUUGGAAGGACUGUAGAUAUUUGUAUCUUCCAUGUUGGACCCACGACCAUUGGUUUGCAGUUCAAGUCGACAUGGAGGAACGGGCCAUUUUUAUUUUUGAUAGUCUAAAUGGUCACAUUCGUCAGGCAGCGUUGGAAGCUUACUUUUUGCCUCUACAUGUCGUUAUUCCAUUGAUAAUAAAAUCUCAUGUCACCGAUGAAAGCAAAUAUAGUACGGAGAACUUCAAAUUUAUGAACAUGAAAGAUGUUCCCCAACAAAUGAAUGGAUUCGAUUGCGGAAUAUUCGCUAACAAAUACGUAGAAUUUCUACAAGUGAAUAUGGACGUAAAUACAAUUCGACCGGAUUACGUACUAGUAUGGAGAAAGAAACUGACUACAGAGUUGUUGGCUUGGGACUUCGAGCCGUAGAUUGUGCUUUGCUCGUAUUUUUUUUUAUAUUUUUAUAACAUUAUGUAGUGACUUGGUUGUUUUGGGUUUCA